ACAAAAAGCAGACCAAACAACUGUCUGGUGCAGUGGUCUGCGCGACACAUGAUUUGCCCAUGGAAAAAGGUGAUGCUCACCAACAAGAAAAAUUUAAGGGGAAAAAAAAGUGAAGAGGGGUUUAAUUGAGAGCGAGGUAAUUAUACGCAUGAAAAGAAAAACCCAUGUCCUGUUCCCCCCCCCCCCCUCUCUCUCUCUCUCUCUCUCUCUCUCUCUCUCCAUGUCUGAGAACAGAUCUCUGUACAUGUAAAAAAGGCUCGCAAGAAAGAAGGGAAAAUCUCAGCUCACACCCUCUUCUCUCUGGGCUUCCAAACUUCCACGGCCUGCCAUGUUUAUGAUUGAGUGACCCAGAGAAAGUUUCCUCACUCUCCACACUUCUGCUCUUCUUCCCCCACUCAAAUCAUCUCUCACCCAAGGAAAAUGGCAAUGCAAGCUCUGUUGGGUCGUCUCUGAAGUGAAUCAGUGACCUCCAUUUUCCUUGAAUGCAAAGGAAAGUGAGAGGAAAAAAUAAAAUAACAUGACGCAAAAGGACAAAUAUUAAAUAGGGCGAAGCAAAAACAGUUCUUUAUCUUUGUUUCAUAUAUAUUUUGUGCCUUUUCCCUUAUUUUUCCUGAGCUGAAAUUCAAGCAGGAAAUGAGAAAGCAUGGUUGGCAGCUUCCAUACCACCCGCUUCAGGUUGUGGCUGUUGCUGUGUUUCUGGCCUUGGGGUUUGCCUUUUAUGUGUUCUUUGCUCCAUUUGUGGGUAAGAAGGCUUUACAGUACGUUGCGAUGGGGGUCUACACCCCUCUUAUUACUUGCGUCUUCAGCUUGUAUAUUUGGUGUGCGGCUGCAGAUCCAGCAGAUCCAGGAGUAUUCAAGUCCAAAAAAUAUCUUAAAAUCCCUGAUAAAGGAAAGCAUACCCAACCCAAGGAAUCAAAACUAGGUGCUGGUGAGGAAUCAACUUCAUCAAUACAUGAUGCAAAUGCUGCUUUAGUUGGACAUAAACACGUUGAUCAAAAUGUGAUGGGCAUGGAUGCAACUAUAGAGGGGCCAGUUACUGAAAUUGAAAAGGAUGCAUCAACACAAAAGUCAUCUUGUUUUAUGGGCCUUGUGGCUAUCUUUCCCUGUGCCUUUUUGUGCAGCUGUUCAAAUUCACAAGAAGAACCUUCUGAGCAACAAACAAGUGAAGAUGGCAUGUUCUAUUGCAGUUUGUGUGAAGUAGAGGUUUUCAAGUACAGCAAGCACUGUAGAGUAUGUGACAAAUGUGUCGACCGUUUUGAUCAUCAUUGCAGGUGGCUCAACAACUGUAUAGGCAAAAAGAACUACCGACAGUUUUUCACCCUCAUGGUUUCUGCCCUUCUCUUGCUUAUUCUUCAAUGGUCAAGUGGAAUCCUUGUAAUAAUUUGCUGUUUACUUGAGCGCAAGCGAUUUGAUGUGGAAAUCACCUCCAAGCUGGGUAGUAGUUUCUCUUUGGUACCCUUUGUUAUUGUGGUGGCAGUGUGCACUAUUUUGGCCAUGAUUGCAACCUUACCACUAGCUCAGCUGUUCUUCUUUCACAUUCUCCUUGUAAAGAAGGGCAUAAGCACAUAUGAUUACAUCAUAGCUCUGAGGGAGCAGGAGCAACAAGCUGGUGGAGGUCAGCAGAGCCCCCAAAUGUCUCAAGUUAGCUCCCUUACUGGAUUAAGUAGUGCAAGCUCCUUUACCACUUUCCACCGUGGUGCAUGGUGCACGCCUCCACGCCUGUUCCUUGAAGAUCAGUUCGAUGUAGUUCCUCCAGACACUGCAUCUGUAAGCUCAUUAGGAAAAAAGACUCUGGGAGAAGAACCAAUCAGGAAAAAGAACCCUGGAGCAGUAAAAAUCAGUCCUUGGACACUGGCACGGUUAAAUGCUGAAGAGGUCUCCAAGGUUGCUGCAGAGGCUAGGAAAAAAUCCAAAAUCCUACAGCCUGUGGUGAGACGGGAAGCUCCUUUUGGGCUAGAAACGGACAGCAGUUUUGGAAGCAGCAGCCGCCGAUUGGUCCCAAGGCCUGAGAAUAAUAAAAGAAGAACUAGUAAGCGGGUUCGCCUCCCAGCAGACCUACCCCUUGAACCCCUAACAAAGGCUUCUGCUAAACCUGCUGAGAGCAGUAAACAUGAUCUGAUCACUCAGACAUCAACCAAUUUGGCUCCUCUACAGCUUGAAGCCAGAAGCGCCUUCCGAACAAGCCAAGCCAUGUCAAGCUCAGGUGGUAUCGCUGCAUCUUCUCCUGAGAGUAGUCUAGGUUCACCUGAUCUCCACCCAUUCCGUGUCUCCUCAUCAGGUGCUGAAGAGGCAAGGCGGCUUACUGGCCUAUCCACUGUUAGUGCUACUGCUCAGAAGGGAGCCAUAUUGUCAAGGUCAACUAGUGAUGGCUAUGAAGCUUCUGGUGGGGAAGAUAGUGACCGAGUUCCUAUCAGGGCCAUGCAAAGGUCAACAAAUUGGAGUAACCUUCUAUUCAGUUCUGAUCAUGAUGAGAGGGUCAUAAAAUUGAAGACAUCAUCUGCGUCUGGCCAUGCUGACAAUAGGAAGCUUUAAGCAGGAGUUACUUGAAAUUGGAUCAAUUUGAAUCGGGAAAAAUUAAAAUUCUUUCAUUUGUGGGCGAGGUAAAUAGUCGAAUUAACCAUUGUCUUUUGUGCAGUGGCAUUUGUUACUCGCUUGGAGGCAUUGGAGCCCAUUGUCAUUUGCCUAAUGGCAUCAACUAAUGGCUUGGAUACAUUAGAGGCUUCAUGAAGAAGAUUAUGAGAAGCUGUAAAGAUUUCUUAAAUUUUGGGUUUCUCUGAAAAGAUCAAGCUAAGUUUUAGCUUGAGCUUUGUAACAGCCUCUGAUUUUCACUUGCCACUGCAACCAACCAGAAACAAGUUUGCCAGUGCAUUGCUCACAAAUUUCUUGCCUGUCCUCGCUUUGUGGUUUCUUAAGAUCUGGCUGUGCACACAUUUUCUGCAGAAACCUUAGGAGAAGUCCCUAGUAGCUUGUGUUGUAACCGUUUCACGCUUUCACUUCUGAUCUGUGCUUCUGGCAUUGUUUCAGCACCCUCAUUUUUUUUUGCUUUUUAUGUACCUCCAACAAACCACAACUGAAAUCAAUAGCAGCAGGCUUUUUGCAACUA